AUGAAAUACUUACUGCGGCUCGGGCCAGUGUUUGCCCGUCCCUAUGUCCGCUCAUGUCACCAGAGUGUGUACAGUAGCCACUCGCAUCACAGAAAGACCAUUGUGGACCUUGGCGAGAAGAAACUUGAGAUAUCCUCUGGGAGAUUUGCCAGAUUUGCUGAUGGGUCUGCUGUUGUACAGCUUGGGGAUACCUCUGUAAUGGUAACAGCUGUAAGCAAAGCCAAGCCAUCCCCAUCUCAAUUUAUGCCUCUUGUGGUAGACUACAGACAGAAAGCCGCAGCUGCAGGAAGAAUCCCUACCAACUAUUUGAGACGAGAGCUUGGAACUACAGAUAAUGAAAUACUAACCAGCAGAUUAAUAGAUCGCUCUGUUAGACCACUUUUUCCAGCUGGUUACUUUUAUGAUACACAAAUCCUCUGCAAUCUGCUGGCUGUUGAUGGUGUCAAUGAUCCUGAUGUGUUAGCUAUAAAUGGAGCUUCUGCUGCUUUGGCACUGUCUGACAUACCAUGGAACGGGCCUAUUGGUGCUGUGCGAGUAGGCAUGAUCAAUGGGGAAAUAUUGAUCAACCCGACACGGGCAGAGAUGACUUCCAGCACUCUUAACCUCAUUGUGGCUGGAGCUCCGAGCAGUCAAGUAGUGAUGAUUGAGGCCUCCGCAGAGAAUAUUCUGCAGCAGGACUUUUGCCAUGCUGUCAAAGUGGGAGUUAAACACACGCAACAGAUCAUUCACGCAAUCCAACAGAUGGCAAGAGAGCAGAAAGUUUCCAAACGUGUCCCUGUGAAACUCUUCACUGCACCUGAUGAAAUGGUGGAACAAGUGCAACAAAUUUCAUCUCAAAGAAUUGAUGCUGUUUUUAGAGACCAUAGCCAUGAUAAGAUUUCAAGGGAUGAAGCAAUAAACAAAGUCCGUCUUGAGACCGUAGAGAUCCUAAAGGAACGGUUUCCACAAGCCGAGCCAUUUGAAAUUCUAGAAUCUUUUAAUGUUGUGACAAAAGACAUAUUUCGUAAUUUGAUUUUGAAUGAAUAUCAGAGGUGUGAUGGGAGAGAUUUGGCAGCUCUUAGAAAUAUUUCUUGUGAUGUUGACUUGUUUCAACCACUUCAUGGUUCUGCUCUAUUCCAAAGGGGCCAGACACAGGUCCUUUGCAGUGUCACUUUUGAUUCCUUAGAGUCAAGUGUAAAACCUGACCUCAUCACUACAGCUUUAAGUGGAAUUAAAGAUAAGAAUUUUAUGCUCCAUUAUGAGUUUCCACCAUAUGCAACCAAUGAGAUUGGAAGGACUGGGGGGCUCAACAGAAGAGAGCUCGGCCAUGGGGCCCUGGCUGAAAAAGCAUUACGCCCAGUGGUUCCUAAAGGUUUCCCCUUCACAGUUCGAGUUACGGCAGAGGUGCUUGAGUCCAAUGGUUCUUCAUCAAUGGCUUCUGCAUGUAGUGGUAGUCUUGCUUUGAUGGAUGCAGGUGUGCCCAUUUCUUCUGCUGUGGCUGGUGUAGCCAUUGGACUGAUAUCAAAACAUCACCCUGAGAAACACACUGAAAUUGACGACUACAGAUUGCUAACGGACAUUCUUGGGAUUGAGGACUACCUUGGAGAUAUGGACUUUAAACUGGCUGGAACAAACAAAGGCAUUACCGCCUUACAGGCAGAUGUGAAAAUUCCCGGACUGCCUCUGAAAGUGGUGAUGGAGGCAAUUCAACAAGGAACAGUUGCAAAAAGGGAAAUCUUGGGAAUAAUGAACAAAUGUAUAGCCAAACCUAGGGAGAAAAGAAAAGACAAUGGGCCUGUUGUCGAAAAUGUGAGAGUACCUGUCUCCAGAAGAGCUAGAUUUGUUGGACCAGGAGGAUAUAACCUUCGACGGCUGCAGGCACAAACAGGUGUUACUAUCAGUCAAAUGGACGAAGAGACAUUUUCAGUAUUUGCACCAACACCAGGUGCAAUGCAUGAAGCUCAAGAGUUUAUCACUGAAGUCUGCAAGGAUGAUCAAGAACAACAGUUGGAGUUUGGAGCUGUCUACACUGCUACCAUUAUUGAAAUAAGGGACAUUGGUGUUAUGGUUAAACUCUAUCCAAAUAUGAGUGCUGUCUUGCUUCACAACUCACAGCUGGAUCACAAGCGAAUAAAGCAUCCAACUGCACUUGGGCUCGACGUGGGACAACAGAUCCAGGUCAAGUAUUUUGGACGAGAUCCCACGGAUGGCAGGAUGAGGCUUUCUCGGAAGUGGGACGAUCGAGGGACUGGGCACGUUUCUUCAUCCAUUGUAGAGCGGCUGAAAGGGACAUCGUUAUUGGUGCGAGCAGAAUCUGACGGUUCACUUCUGCUCGAGUCAAAAAUAAGUCCCAAUACAGCUUACCAAAAACAACAGGACACUCUGAUUGUGUGGUCAGAAGCAGACAACUAUGACCUUGCUCUUAGCUUUCAAGAAAAGGCAGGCUGUGAUGAGAUUUGGGAGAAAAUAUGUCAGGUGCAAGGAAAAGACCCAGCUCUGGAUAUAACACAAGACCCAAUCGAUGAAUCUGAAGAGGAGCGCUUUGACGAGAUCCCCGAGACCAGCCACCUAGUGGAGCUUCCUCCCUGUGAGUUGGGACGACUGGAGGAGAUUGCUGACUUGGUCACUUCUGUUCUGUCAUCACCAAUUAGAAGAGAGAAAUUGGCCCUGGCUUUGAUGACUGAAGGCUACAUCAAGAAGCUGCUUGGGCUCUUCCGUGUUUGUGAGGACCUUGACAACAGGGAAGGCCUUCACCACCUGUACGAAAUCGUCAGAGGCGUUUUGUUUCUCAAUAAAGCUGCACUUUUUGAAGUGAUGUUCUCUGAUGACUGUAUCAUGGAUGUUGUUGGCUGCCUUGAGUAUGACCCAGCACUUGUACAGCCAAAACGCCAUAGGGAGUUCCUGACUAAGACCGCAAAGUUUAAAGAAGUCAUCCCCAUCACAGACUCAGAACUUCGGCAAAAGAUCCAUCAAACAUAUCGGGUGCAAUACAUCCAGGACAUCAUCCUACCCACACCUUCUGUCUUUGAAGAAAACUUUCUCUCUACCCUCACAUCUUUCAUCUUUUUCAACAAGGUGGAGAUUGUGAGCAUGUUGCAGGAGGAUGAGAAGUUUUUAACAGAAGUUUUUGCCCAAUUAACUGAUGAAGCUACCGAAGACGGUAAACGAAGAGAACUUGUUAAUUUUGUGAAGGAAUUCUGUGCGUUUUCACAAACAUUGCAACCGCAGAACAGGGAUGCUUUCUUUAAAACACUGGCAAAUCUUGGAAUUUUGCCAGCCCUUGAAAUUGUCAUGGGAAUGGAUGAUCUUCAGGUCAGAGCAGCAGCAACAGAUAUCUUCUCCUAUCUGGUUGAAUUUAGUCCUUCCAUGGUCAGAGAAUUUGUAAUGCAGGAGCCUCAGCAAACGGAUGAUGACGUUCUUCUUAUAAAUGUAGUCAUCAAGCAGAUGAUUUGUGACUCUGAUCCAGAGUUAGGAGGUGCUGUUCAGUUAAUGGGUUUGCUCAGGACACUCAUCGACCCAGAGAACAUGCUUGCGUCCACAAAUAAAACUGAGAAGACAGAGUUCUUGAGUUUUUUCUACAAAUACUGCAUGCAUGUACUGACUGCUCCUCUUCUGGCAAACACGGCACAUGACAAAAACCCAAAAGAUCUACAAGAUGGAACUACUAAAAUGAAUCCAGUCUGUCCGGAUAACUUCCAGACAGCGCAGCUGCUGGCUCUAAUCUUGGAGCUCCUAACGUUCUGUGUGGAGCACCACACGUAUCACAUAAAGACAUACAUCAUGAACAAAGAUCUGCUCAGGAGAGUAUUGGUGCUCAUGAAUUCAAAGCACACCUUUCUAGCACUUUGUGCACUGCGUUUUAUGCGCAGAAUCAUUGGCCUUAAAGAUGAGUAUUACAACCGCUACAUCAUUAAAGGAAACUUGUUUGAACCUGUAAUUAAUGCCCUCUUGGACAAUGGUACUCGUUACAACCUGCUUAACUCUGCGAUCAUCGAGCUCUUUGAGUUUAUUAAAGUGGAGGACAUAAAGUCUUUGAUUGCUCACAUUGUGGAUAACUUUUACAAAGCACUUGAGUCCAUUGAGUACGUUCAAACAUUUAAAGGCCUAAAAGGCCGCUAUGAACAAGAGAAAGAUCGACAAAGCCAGAGGCUCAACAGGUACCGCCGGGAUGCCAGGUCAAUGGAUGAAGACGAGGAGUUGUGGUUUAAUGAUGAUGAAGAUGACGAAGAUGGUGAAACUGUGGAUAAAGGUCGCAUGGAAGAGGAGUUCUCCGACAGUUAUGGCAAGUACAUGGAGGCCAAGAAAGGAGCAGCUAAUGGAGCAAACAGUGCCAAUAACAAUGGGAAAUCAUCUCCUGUCCCGCCGUCUUCUCCCGCAGUUAGUGUGAGCAGUUCAACGUCCUCUGUGAAGACUGUGGCUCUUCCUGCGUCACCAGUUGUCAAGACAGCAAUGGUUGGUUUGGUGGAUUACCCAGACGAUGAAGAUGACGAGGAGGAAGAGGAGGAAGAAGAGCAGUCUGCAAGAAAGCGGCCACGUCUCAGCUCGUAA